AGUGUAGUUAAUAACGGGAUUUGGGGGUUUUAUUAAUUGGACUGUCUGAAAGUACGACGCCAAAAUCAAGUAAUUUUGAAUGUGGGAGAUGUGGUUUAGGCGGAGACGAUUAGUUAGCGCAUCACGUCAGGCUUCUGGUAACGGGGUGGUGCUGCAUUGCAUCAGGCUACUCCGGUUCCGUCGAGUACGAUUCCCUAGACCAGGAGGAUAACGGCGGCCUGGGACGGAAAGCGACGGCCGUAAUAACAGAGCUCGCCGGUCAAAGGCCAGUUAGUGAAGGGGAAGGAAGCAUUGAUUUAUUUUUAUUUUUUUUUAGGAUUUCUUUAUUUGGACUCGGUUUUCUCUCUUUAGGCUUUCUUCUUUAGUAGGCGUCUCCCCUAUCUCUCUCUCCUUGAAAGGGCACUCGAGGUGUGCAAGAAAACGAUAGAUACCCACAAUAAUGACGGUUGAGGAAGCUUUACCAAAUUGUCUGAUAAGGGCGAAUGUUGGGGCCUCGGGUAACAGGGGAACGAAGAUGGUAACACUGAGGGCACAGCAGCCAUGGGUUGAAUGAAUCUAAAGCUUCAGAUAUUCAGAGAGAGAGAGAGAGAGCGAGAGGUGGUUUUCAGUUUCACCCUUUUGAAGAGAGAGAGAGGUAUUUUCCAAGAGGAAGGUUUGAGGGGCCAGUAAAGAGGUUUUGACGCAUGGGAAGUGGGUCUUAAAGGGCGAAGGCAAGUAUGGAGAUGGAUGGUGGUUUGAGGGGAGAGAAGAGAGCACAGAGAAGAGGGGAAGAGAAAGAGAGUUGGGUUCCUCAGAAGCUAUCACGCUCUGAUUCAUUCCCAUUCAGGAUACCUCCGCCCUUUUCACGUUGCGAAGGUGAUGGUCCCACUUUUUAUAACUAUGGCGAUGGCAGGUCGAGCGAUAUAUACGAUGUUCCCGCAGGUGCAGUUCCAGUCUCAGUUGCAGGAGCAGGAGCAGGAGCAGGAGCAGCAUCAGUAAGGACUAUGCAGCCUUUUCCCAGUGCGUUGAAGUCCCCAGGGAUGGCAUCUCUGCGGUUUCCUUUUACUCCAUCGCAGUGGCAGGAACUGGAACAACAGGCCCUGAUUUUCAAGUACAUGAUGGCCUCUGUGCCCGUGCCUCAAGACCUUGUCAACCCUAUUCGCAAGAGUCUCCCCCUCUCUCACCCUAACUUGGGUUGGGGUCCAUUCAGUCUGAGGUUCGCCAACGCCACGGAUCCUGAGCCGGGGCGGUGCCGCAGGACGGACGGCAAGAAGUGGCGCUGCUCAAGGGACGUGGCUCCCGACCAGAAGUACUGCGAGCGCCACAUGCACAGGGGUCGCCCUCGUUCAAGAAAGCCUGUGGAACUUCAAAUCCAGAAUAACCAAACUCAACCUAAUGAUGCCACAACCUCCAUUGCUGCAGCGGCUUCUUCUUCAACACUGACCCCUCAUCCAUCUCCUUGUUCUUCUUCACCAGCAACACUUUGUAGCUUGAACCCCUCUGCUUUAUCGGUGAAGCCGUAUCAGUCUAGUGGUUUCGUUGCCAACAAAGCAUCAUGCAGUAACUCUGAGUUCAAGGUGCCUUCCCCCAAUUUGAUUUCUGCUGUACAAGAUAAGGAUUCCUCAAGGUUUUUAGAUUGGAUGAAGGGGGAGGCGGCGGGCGAGCAAUGGCAGCUGAUGCAGCAAAAAGGUGGGCGACUUCAUCCACGGCUAAAUAGCAGUGCCAAUACCCAUGUCUUCAACUACAAUGAUGAGCUUAAUUUAGUCUCUGAGCCUGAAGACAUUAGGGUUAGUAGCGCCCAUUUCAGCCUUGGUAGUAUGCAGAAUAGCAACCAGAGCGGCUUCUUUUUCGGUUCUGAUCUCACCACUUUAGAGCCCGAGAGGCAACCACGCCAUUUUAUAGAUGCUUGGUCUCAAACCAGAGAUUCGAGUUGGCCUCAAGGCACUGAAAAGCCCUUGUUGUCCUCUGCUUCAAAGCUUUCCCUCUCCUCCCUCACGCUUUCAAUGUCUGGUAAUGAAGAAGAUAUAGACCCAGUUCAGAUGGGCUUGGGACUGAGUGAUUCGGAGAGAGAGAGCAGCAUAAAGAGGCAGCCACUUAGCUGGAUGAUGCCUGUUUCAUGGCAAUCUUCAACUCCUGGUGGUCCUUUAGCUGAGGUUUUGCAAUCAAGCACACCAACAAAUGCAGCCUCUCCCAAUAAUUGCAAUGGAAAAAGCUCAUCUGGUGGGCUCAAUUUGAUGACUGAUGGUUGGGGAGAAGCAAAUUCUAGAGACAGUCCUAAACAGGUCUCUUCACCAACUGGGGUCCUCCAAAAAACCCUAGCUUCUCUCUCAGAUAGUAGCAGUGGAAGUAGCCCCACUUUUGCUGCGAAAUCAGAGCUAGCUCUACAAUGGCUUCACCAACAAAAAUUGCCACCCACUUGAUCUAAAAAAAACAAACACUUACCCAAACUUGCUUUUUCUUCUCUUUUUUUUAUUUUUCUUUUCCGCUUGGUAUUUGGAUUCCUCUGCUUUUUUUCUCCGAUUAGCAGAGACUGUAAACGAGCCACUGUGUUUCGAGGAGUUCAUAGCCAAAACUGAGGCAGGUGUGCGUGUAAUUUCUUUGUUCUCUUCUGUCAAACUGGAUAAGGUCUUCUUUCGAGUUUUUAAGUUUUAA